AUGGCUUCCAAUACCAGCCAGCUAUCAUCUCUGCGAGCCAUAACACGGCAUGUCACAGGCCACAAUGAAAACGGAAAAGCAGUGAUCCAUUCCUCGACACCGGCUGAAUGGGAAUCACUCCAGGAAAAAGGGAUGGCAUUUAACGUUGUUUACACGAACCAAUUCUAUCCUGAUCUCAACAAUGACGCGGACGUGAAGACCUACGAGACAUUGAAAAGAUCGAACCGGUUGGGCCUCGUUAACCCUGGUGGAACCGUUUGCCGCAUUGUGGACUUCGCCCCCAACAACCGGGCCGUGGUUCACCGGACGCAGAGUCUUGACUAUGGUGUAGUGCUCGAAGGACAAAUCGAAAUGAUCUUGGAAGAUAGCGACCCAGUCAUCAUGAACCGAGGGGGUGUUGCGGUACAACGGGCUACGAUGCAUGGGUGGCGAAAUACUAGCGAGACAGAAUGGGCUCGUCUCCUGUUUGUGCUGCAGGAUUGCAACAAGUUGACGGUGGCCGGGAAGGAAAUGGGAGAAGAUCUGGGAAUUGCUGCCGGAGUACUCAAGCCGAGUGGAAACAGUUAG